AAACAGUUAGUAUACUCCAGGACGUCGUAGUGACUACUUCGUUUCUGCAAUAUGGUGACUUUACGAUGGGGCAUCGCUAGCGCAGGAAAGAUUUCGCAUGAUUUUGUGACGGCACUGGAAUCUUUACCAGCUGAUGAGCAUGAUGUCAUCGCCGUUGCAGCGCGACAAUUGUCACGUGCGAAGGAUUUUGCAAAGUUGCACGAAAUUAAGACGGUUUACGAUGAUUAUGAGAAAUUAGGAUUGAACAAGGAUAUCGACAUCGUAUAUAUCGGAGCGAUUCACCCUCAACACUUCGACAUUGCGAUGCUUAUGCUGAAGCAUGGCAAGCAUGUCCUGUGCGAAAAGCCAUUGACGAUGAACCUAAAGCAGACCACUGAAUUGAUUAAUUACGCGAAGAGCAAAAAUUUGUUCCUAAUGGAAGCCGUGUGGAGCCGCUGUUUUCCCGUGUAUGAUGUUAUUAGAAAGGAAAUCGCGUCUGGUAACAUAGGCGAUAUUCAUCAAGUGAUCGUUUCCUUCGGUUUUCCAAUGCCUGAUGUGGAUCGGAUAACUUUGAAAGAGUUAGGCGGCGGAACAAUUCUUGAUCUUGGCAUUUACUGUUUACAAUUUGUCUGCUUGGCAUAUGAUAACGAAAUGCCGGAGAGUAUUAAGGCGGUUGGAAUUCUUAAUGAGAAUGGCGUCGAUAUGUUCAUGUCGGCUACUUUGACCUAUAAAGGGAACCGCACCGCAACAAUCACGACAAACGCGCUGAUUGAACUACCGAAUGAGGCGUACAUUUGCGGUACCAAGGGUAUGAUAAAAGUGCCUGAUUUUUGGUGUCCGACGAAGGUGGAAUUGCCGAGCGGCACUGUACGGGCGUCGCUACCGAAAUUAAAACACGAGAUUAACUUCAUAAAUUCCGCCGGGCUUUCCUAUGAAGCUGCCGAAGCUCGUAACUGCAUUUUGAAAGGUUUGAUAGAAAGUCCAAACGUUUCGCACGACACAUCUUUAUUGCUAGCGAAGCUGGAGGAUGAGUUGCGUAGACAAUUGGGCGUUGUGUAUCCUCAAGAUUGAAAAACUAUAUAUAUAUUUAAAAAAUAAGAUAUAUAUUCAAUUUAUAUUAUAAUGUCACACAUGUAUAA